CAUUAUGGAAGACAAAUCAAAAGAAGCACCUACAGAGAAGAUUACAAUCCACACCUCAUUCACUAAUCUCGAAGGGCACUCUCCUUCAUCAAAAAGCCCUACAAUCCAAGUCCAAUGCAGAACAAGCGAGAAUGCUGAUGAUUGGGAACUAUAUACAUAGAAACAAAGGUUGACCCGAACAGACCUGUAGAAGGGCCAAAAGGAAAGGAAAUUUAUCACUGAAAACCUAUUGAGUUUAAUUACAUCUUCCACAAAGACCAGUUGCUCAACUUCAUGGUCAACGAUGCCGAGGGAGAAUUCAUUGGAGAAAUGUACAUCAAGCUAGGCAAUAUUAUGAUCGGCAAACAGAUGAAGAAGAAGGAGAUUAAGAACACAGGCGAUGUGACAGGGGAGUUGAUCGUGAGGUGAGAAAAAUUUGUGCAGACGAAUGAUAUUGUGAAGUUUGAUUGUGUCUGUAAAAACUUGGUUUCGAAGAAAUUUCUCUAUUUUUGUUCGGUCGAUAAGCCAUUUUUCCGUAUCGAGCGAAGUAAUACUCCAGACUCUGAGGAGUAUACCAAGAUCCACGAGAGUCACUAUGUGACACGUAGAAAUCCUCGAUGGAAUAGACAGAAAUUUCUUGCUCUGGAGCUGACUCACGAGGAGAUUGAUAACAAGCUGAAGUUCACUAUCCUCUCGCAUAACUCUUCAGGGAAACAUACCCCAUACGGGUAUUUUGUAACAACCCUGUAUGAAAUAGAGAAAGAAAGACAAGUAUUCCACUUAAGAGAUGUGAAAACAGAUGAAGAGAUCCCUGAAGCAAAAUUUAUAUUUGAGAAAUUCCAGUAUAUCGAGAGGCCUUGCUUCUACGAUUUCUUAAGCUCACAAUACUCAAUAAACCUGACUGUUGCAAUAGAUUUUACGAUUUCGAACCUAGAUCCCAGGAGAGAAGACUCCCUACAUUAUAUUAACUCAGAUGGCACCUUGAAUCAGUACCAAUCGGUUAUGCAAACAGUGGGAAGGAUCCUUGAAGCUUACGAUGAUGACAAGAAAAUCCCUGCUUAUGGUUUUGGAGCUCUUAUACCCAGAAAGCCAACCCCUGAUGAUGAUAGUCCUUAUGAGAAAGAAACCUCGCACUGCUUCACUCUAAAUGGAGAAGAAAUUGCUGACUGUGAAGGAAUUGAAGGGCUUCUGGAAGCUUAUAAAAACACAGUGGAAAGAGUCAAAUUCUUUGGCGAAACCUGUUUUGAGCCAUGAAUUAGAACAUGUGUUGAUAAAAUAAACAAUUCAGUAGUUAUUGGAGAAGAUGAAAAAGGAGAUCCUUAUACAGAAUACACAAUUCUAUUGAUCAUUACCGAUGGGCAAAUUAACGAUAUGAAGGCAACAAAAGACUUGAUUGUUGAAUCUUCAAAGCUGCCUCUGAGUAUCAUUAUUAUUGGUGUUGGUGAUGAAGACUUUGAGCACAUGAUUGAGCUUGAUUCUGAUGACACACUCUUAAGAGAUUCCAACAAUCAUUUCGCCUUCAGAGACAUUGUGCAGUUUGUCAAAUACCAAGAUUUUGAGGAGAAAGGGAUGCAUGCUAUUUCUGAGGAAGUGCUUAAGGAAGUCCCAGACCAAGUGAUCAGUUAUCUUGGAAUCAAUAAUAUUGAUCUAGGAAAGAAAUAAGAGAUUUAUUAAAUCUGAAAGGUGCUUCAAUA